CGAGAGUGAGACAGACAUGGUCCUAGCAAAGCAUUUUGGGUUUUCUUUUGUUGUAAACAGGCAACAGUCAGAUGUGUUGAGAGAAUGAGUGGUGACAUCCGAGGGUACAGUGUCGAGAAGUGUGAAAAUUCGAGGACAGAGUAGAAAUGUCGUAUUUAACUGCGAUAUUCGACACGUUGAAAAACUGUUCGUUUAACUGAUACAACUCGUAAUCAUUUUUUUACUCGACUUCGAGCUUAUGAGAAAGGGCGAAAAAGAACAUGAUGAAAGAAAAUACGGAUUGAAACUCAGCAGGUGUGGUAAGUAGAUGAAAAAAAAUGUAGAUGUGAGUCGUUUAAGGGUGUUGUUGGCCGGCUUGUCGUCUCGAAAAAUUUAGAGCACAUUUCGCCCGCGAGAGGUAACAACUGAUUCCAUAUCUUGCAGCAAGAAUUCCCUGUGUCCUCGCCAAAUUUAUUGCUUAACGUACGAAGUAAUCCUUGUAGGCAGCUUCUGACUCACCAGUAGCAGCACUGAAAAAAACAUGUCUCAUUUUUGUCGGAUCCCGCGAUGAGCGGGGCUUCCCCGUUUGGGGUGUAUUGAUAUCACGUCGUGAUUGAAACGCGUGUCCGGGAGGUGCAUGGAGCGAAUUGGACGCUCACGGAGAGUACUCAUUUCGUAUCUUCUGACGUGUCGUCGCUAACUUUGGAGCGUAUUCGGCAGUGUCGAUUGCGAAUUCUCUUGGGUCGCAGGCGGAGGGACACAGGCUGCAGACACUGCACGUUCCUGAGCGAUAUUAGCUGCUGCGCUGUUUUGCCACCGCGGGUGGGCCUGACCGAAAUCCACUGCUUAUCCAGCAAACACGAAACACAAAAGUAGGGCGCGCUGGAAUUCGACAAAAGUAAAGCACACGUGGGUUGUGCUCAAGUAAAGUGCACUUGGCGGAGAGGCUGAUAGAGAAGACACAUUAACACUCUAGCACAUAAGUGUGUCCUUCUCAUCUCUGGCAAAAUGGGGGACGUACCGUAUCAAGGAACCGUCUUUCGGCUGAUGCUGAAGGACGCUACGGAGGAAGGAUGGCGGCUUGAAGAAGCAAAAUGGUAAAAACUGAGUUCUUUUGGAUCUUUAUUUUUGCGCAACUAACUUCCGAACUAACUAUCUUGUCGUAAAAUUAAGUAGACGACGUAGACUGGACAACAGUUCUGUAUUAAUCUGUGAUAAAUCUACAACUACAGGUUCAGAGAUGCGGCGUGUUUAGAGGAGAUUUCACCGAGUCUUGAGUAUAUGGUGAAUUCACAGCGGGGGCAAGAAUAUGGAAGGCGGAAGGUAGAUGAAGUUUGCUUUGUUUUGGAGACUGUCUAGUGCGACAUAAAUCUCAGGAUUUUGCGCAAACUAAUGUUGCCCCUGUCCGUAGAGCAUUAUAUUGCAUCCAUAUAAUUUUCACACUGCAGACUUUGAGCUCUCUGCCGUACAAAGCUCCGUGUGAUGACGCCGAAGCGUUCGAUGCGUGCGGGUGUCGAACGCCAUACGCUGGGUUCAAUUCGACGACCAACAAGUGUCAGUUCGGCGAGUCGACCAGUGGUACUUGCCUACUAGCUCUUUCUAUUCCAUGAAUGUUUUUCAUGCUCUUUGUUCUCGGAUCAAGGUCGGAGACUUCUAAAUAUUGCACUUCCUUCACCUAGCUAGCUGGAAGAAGUCAUGGUAGGUAGCAAGAGAAACGUGCUGUCCGAUUCUAUCUCUCUCUAAAACAUCAAAUUCAACAGUACGCGAUGAGUAUUACUGUGCGGACGAACGCAUUUACGAAGCUGGGACAGAUUUUGGAUGCCCGGCAAACUCUGUUAGUUACGAAGCCUGGUUUGCGUCAUGGAGCACCAAAGUCGAAUGCGUCAAGAUAAAACAGUAUUGAAAUAGGCUUUCGAAUUAUACAUGUUUGGUGAAUCUUUAUGUCUGUUGAUCUGAUGUAGAUGUACACCCUAGUAGAUCUUCCCAUGAUUAUAGAGCGUGAGCAAUUCCUAGUAGCGUGAACACUUUUACCGUAAAUCUUCCUCUAUAAGUCAAAGUUGUUUCGUCCUACUCUUCGUCAGGGCUGUUUCUCCAGCUUAUCGAGGGAAGGAGCUGCUUGUGCAGAGAUGGGACGGGAGCGAUGAGGUGUUCACUGGGGCAAUAGCGGGCUUCGGCGCGACAGAUCCGCUACAAGUAGGCGAAGAGGAGUCGAUCUCCUUCCAUCAGUCGUGUGGUUCGGUAUAUUAUCUACCCACAUCGACACAACUCGAUGUUCUCCUGCGUUUGAACAAUGAGAAGAUAACAGCAACGUUAGGCUUAGACGGGAGCGGGCUUCGAGCAGUAGUGUUUCCGACGCCACCAGCACACGGGACUAGAAUUGAGCUACACUGCAGCGCAGAUGCAGAUAGUAAUCGAUAUACCUUUUGAUCUGCUGAUUUAUUCUUCUAAACUCUCUAUGUUGCAGGCCAGAGAAAUGAAUUUGUUGAUCCGUAUCAAAGAAGAAGCAUAAGAUACAGUUUUCCGCAGCCACAAUUCAAUUUUGACAAUUGCUUUGAGGUACUGUGCUGAAUGUCCAAUGUGAAGAAGGGACUUGGAACGAGCUCCAGCGGAGCUCGCGUGGUUGUGCAAUGCCACACUUUGUGCCCGGUGGAUUUCAGGGUGAACAGGUGAAGACAGAGUUUACUCCAGCAAACGACACGACUGGACUCGACAUCAUAGCACUGGUAGGUGCGAUACUUGGAGGUGUCUUAGGACUCUUUUUGAGCACGUUUGUUUGGCGAGCGUUUUUCCGGUCUGGUGCGGCAAACCUAGAUGCCGAACUCCGCGCGAGCUCACCAGGCAGCACAGACGGGUUGACGGAUAACAUGUUUACCGGGAUUAAUGCUGGAGCUGUGAAGCAGAGAAAGGGAUCCAGUACUCGUCACAUAAAGGCUUCUUGAAUUGCUACAGAUUUGUUAGCUUUUAACAGUGUCUCUGCGUCCACUGACGCACACCGUAUGCAUUCACCACUUUUUUGCUAUUUGCACAAGCAGAUUGAGACUUGCGUGCAAAAUAGCUUUGCGCAACAUCAUGAUCUUGUUUUUCAAUUCAGAAUCCUCGCGAAUGGGCUGGGACGACUUCCAGACGGUGCCUCCACGGAAGAUGAAGAGCCGUGACGGCGCAUCGAUGAGCAAGAACAAUACAACGGCGACGUCUCUAAACACUGUCACCAGUACAAUCAAUAGGGUCGAGGAAGAAAUGAAGAGCAGCAUCGGACGGCAGUUCAAUAGCGGGUCCCAGGACGGAAGCAUAUCAAGCCGCUCACAAUCACCGAGCAAAGCAUCGCGGGCUGGGGUGUCCAAAAGCUAUCGAAGUAGCCGUCGGGAUGGCAGCGUCGGUGGCCCAGGGUCCGAGGGCGGCAGGUCACGCAAGAACUCGAUGGACGGCGGGCGAAGCGAUGCGGGCGGUCGCGCGAGGCAGCAACCUAGUGGAGAAUUCCAUGACGUGGAGAGCGUCGGUAGUGCGUCUCCAAGCCGGCGUAUGCGUCGCCGGUUGAACCAAGCCGACGACACGGCCUAUGAACUCGAGUCAGCACGCUCAAACGCCGACUCGACGCAAGGUGUGCGCUCCGCGCAGAACAGAAUGGGCGGGUACUCGUAUCGAACAGGCGUGGCUGGCCGCGUUCCCGGGAUGGAGCAGGGGAACGUGCAGGGCGGCGGCUCAUCUUCGUCGUCUGCCGGCUCCAAGAGCAAGCCCGAAUCAAAGUCGAAGACGCAACAACUUUUGGAGAGUUGGAAUGUCGACGAACGGCCGAGUUCGGCAGCACUAAACGCGCUGCGCAAGAAAACGGACAAGAUUCUGAGCAGCGGAAAGCCACCAGGCGCGAGCUUCAUGGAAAAAUCAGCGCAAGUGCUAAUGCGAAAGUCGCCCGAGCGAAGCAGCAGUUCCAAACGACAGGCAUCCGCAGGCGGCAACAAUGUAUCCAGCAGUUCCUCCUCAGGCCCUCUUACCGUUUUGAGCGGUCCAAGUCAGCAUGCGCAUCCGCAUAGUCAGCAGAACUUGAUGGCAUCCGACUCUCGUGCGGGUAGUGCCACUAGAGGAGCACCAGAAGUGUCGCAACGACCUAUGGCCGGCUCUGGUAGCUAUCGAAACCUCACGUCGGGAGGAAGUUCUACGAGCGGGCGACCUAACCUCGCCGACGACAGCUUCAAUCCGUACAGUAUGGGCAGCUCAAAGGCCGGAGCCUCCUCAGAACAAGGGAGGAAUAGGUCUAGGCCAGGAUCAACGACAGCUGCUCGUGUGGCAAAGGGACAACCAGUCUCACUCGCGGCCCCGGGGCAAGUCUCGCGACCAGCAAGUGGCUUUGACGGUCCGAAUGAGGGCGUCAACGACUACUACAAAAUGCGGAAUGGGAGAACCGCGUCAGCGAAUCGUAGAGCAGGCGGAGAAGGAGGCGCUGCUCAGCCCGUAGACCGUUUUGGCAACCCUGCGCCUGCGCAAGGACGUAAGCCAACGCGAGACAUAUUCGGGGUGUAA